CAGCAGUUGUGGAGAGAGUGUUGCAGUGAAUGUGUCAUACGAUUGCAGUCAUAAGGCAUAUCAUAACACAAUCCAUACUAUAGUUAACAGUAAUUGUAACCCAAUUGCGAUCACAAGCAUUGUCUCAAACACUGAACACUCGCCACGAGUUAGAUAUUGUCCUCAAAUCCAGUGAUUCUGUAGCCAUGUCUUCAGAGAACCGAAGACCAGUUGACUCAACAAAUAGUGACCAAAAUGGCGGCGAAACGGGAAGAAUAGCGGCCACGAAGAGGUUGCAGAAGGAGUUAAUGGAUUUUGUGCUCAACUCAGACCAGUCGAUGACCGCCUUUCCCGAUGGCGACAAUCUCUUCAGAUGGAUCGCAACCAUCACUGGACCCAAGGAUACCGUUUUCGAUGGAUUGAAGUUUAAAUUAUUGCUCACUUUUUCGCCUAAAUAUCCGUUUUGUGCGCCAUUUGUGGUCUUUCUUAACCAUUGCUUCCAUCCAAACAUCAGCAGUGAUGGAGACAUUUGU